AUGGAACACGACCCGCGCCAGUCUAUCCACGAGAUAUGCCUGGCCAGAGAGAUGGCUGUCCGCCCAGGCAAGCCAAUGCUAGUGACAGUUCGAAGCGCUUCAGCAUUAGUCCCUAGGUCGCGGCCAAUUGGUGAGGACGCUGUAGCAGACCAUCAAUCCGAAAAUGUGCCAGGUGUGGUCCCGCGAGGGCACAACGUCUCUGGGCGCACCGUCUCUGGGCCGCGAGUGCUGUUUAUGCUGGAGACGGACGCCUGGUCUACGUUUCCGAAUCCAGGUUGCUCGCACGAACGGUGGUGUGGUCACAUGCCACGGCCUCGCAUCCUGUUCAGGCCGGACGGGGAAGAGCCAGUUGGGGGGGCGAACGAUUUGCUGAGAGGUCUGAGUCGCUCAGGUACGGGACUGCCCACGCUGCCACUCCCCCAAAUUCAAACUGCCCCAGAACACUGCAUCGUUACCGCAACAUUGAAUCUUCUGCGCGCUGACAUGGCGGAGAACACGAUGGACGACCCUUUCCACCAGAGCCCCUCCGAGCUCCCGAGCGAACUGGGACCCUUUCUUCUGAGGGCCAUAUCGUCCGGUGGGAGCUUCGUUCCGGCAGAGCUCGAGUAUCGCCUGCCUGCUGAGCAACAUCGCUCGACACUUCGCACCGUGGACUGGAUCAUGAAUCUACCCGAAGCGGCCACCACUGCUCCCGGACACGCCCCUCCUCUUGCUGCUAUGGAAAGCAACCACGCCGGAAAUCGCGUGGUCAUGGGCAACUCGGAUCGAGAGCAUCAUUAUCAGAUGCCCGGCGAGUCGGCCAUCCGUGGGAACUUCAUCCCUCUUUCCACUUCGUUUCAAGCGCGUUCGCCAUCGCCCCGACGCAAGCAGGGAUCUCACGUGCUGCAGCUCAGCUUGACUGAUUCCCAGAUGGAUAAACUGACGGCGGCGCUGUCCUCGGAGGGCGACGAUGAACCUUUUGCUCGAGGCAGGCCCAGAGACACGGCCCAGAACAAUGAGCCGGUGAGAAAUAUCGAGCAGAAUACGGGCGGGAGCAUGCGAGCGACUACUACUACACGCUCCCGUACGCGCUCCCUUUCCCCGGUCAAGUCCGGUUUGAUCAAGACUCCCGUGACCCAGAGCAUCCGCCAGGGCAUCGCAUACGGCAAUGCGAGCAGAUCGCCGGGCAAGGCACAGGAGGUUCGCUUCGCCGAUCGGACUACGCCCGCAGCUAAUGGAACGCCGUCUCGCUCCGGCAAACGCGCGGUGAGAGGCCCUCCGCCUCCCAUUGACACGGACAUUGCUCGGUACUAUGCGAAGCAGGAGGCCGCGUUUGACCGUCCGAUUAUCGUCCAUCGCCCGCCCGAGAGGGAUGCUUCGCCCGUGCGUGAUGAUCCUAACCAGCGUAAUCCGUUCGAGCGAUCUUCCUCGGUUUACUCCCAGGACUCCACCAAAGAGCGCCAUCCCACCCGCAUCAGUCCUCUGCGCAUUCACAAGCAUUACGAGCCCAAGCAUGUCAGUAUUCUCCAGGAUUACGCCCAGAAAGCGGACAAGGGCUCCGCGGGACUCGACAUCAACGGAACCGCGGAUGAAUCGUCCAGCGGAGCAGAGCAGUCCUACACCCCAUUGGCGCCCUUCCUCGCCCAGGGACCGACCAUCAGAAAGGCUUCCAAGACCAUGAUUGGCGAGGGCGGAUGGCUCGAGAAUACCUCCAGGCCCGCACCGACGGGCUCCCCGAACCGCGCGGGCGGCUUCCUUGGCAACAUGAUCAAGAAGGCAAAGGAGAUGGCAAGCAAAGAACCCCCCCUCCCCCAGUCUCUGACACAAAACACGUAUACAGUUCAAACCACUAACACUUUCCCGCAGAUCUCCGAGGCAGGCUCCGACAACCGCGCGCAGCGCAAAUCGCGCGAGUCGGACAAAGACAGAGACAAGGGCCGCCCGGCCUCGCGCGGGCUCGCCAUCUCGCUCAGCCCGCGCGAGCAGAGCCUGCUGUACUGCGAGCUCGAGUUCGUGCUGGCGACGGCGCUCAACGACUACAUCACGGCCCAGUUCAAUGCGGGCCGGCUGGAGGCCGACCGGCUCAAGAAGGUGGCCGAGGACUGGCAGCGCAAGGGCCGGCCCAAGGUGGUCGGGUUCCGCUACGACCUGGAGACGCAGCUGGACCUGGUGCGCAUGCACGUGCACGACUUCAAGUUCUACUCGCGCGUGGCCGCCACGACCGCCCUCCUGGGCAUCAUCGACACCAUGAAGGCCAACGCGCGCGUGCUGCGCAUCCGCACCUUCUGCCAGCCCGACACCGUCGUCGCCAAGCAGCUGCUCGACUCCCAGAGCCUGUUCAACAUCCUCGGCUGCCCGGAGGACCAGCAGAUCAAGCUGGCCGAGAUCUUUGCGUUCUUCAAGGCCGCCAUCGAGCGCGAGCGCCUGCUGGCGAAGCAGGAGCAGGAGCAGGAGCAUCAGGGUCACGAUCACGGUCACGGACAGGAGACCACCGCUGGUACUUCGACUGCGGCUACUGCUCCUUCGACCAUGCGCAAUAGCAGGAGCCCGAAGCACCAGGGCGGCGGCGAGACGAGUGACUGGUGGGCUACCACGGCCACGACGCAGAUCCAUCGCAGCGACCCGCAUGCUGCCGGUAUCGGCGGAAUGGAUCCUGCCCAGUAUGACCAGCAGAACGAGUAAGGGGUUCUUCUUCUCUCGGGCAUUUGGUGUGGUGUGUCUGUGUGGCCGCCCCCCUUGGCAGAGUUGCUGCGUUUGUUUUUGUUACAUUGCAACCGGGUUCUCUUUCUUUUCUGUCAAGGCGCUUCCCGUUUAAUCUCGGCU